AUGUCUACAUUUAGCAACAGAAUUAAGAGGAUUGUAGAAAAGGAUGAUAAGACUAUUGAGGUGGUUAGUGAUGAUGGAUCAGAGACAAGUAAUGGAGACUUUCAAUCUAGAAUCUCUAGGAGAAAAUUACUCCCACGUCAAGUUUCACUCAUAGGUAUAGGUGGUGCUAUCGGAACUGGUCUCUUUGUUUCCAUUGGAACGAAAUUGACUCAAGGUGGACCUGCCUCGUUGCUUAUUGCAUUUUUGGUGUGGUCGGUCGUUUUAAUUGGUGUUUCUAAUGCCACUUGUGAAAUGGUGACAUUUUUGCCGGUAUCAGGUACAUUCGUCCACUAUGCAGAAAGAUAUAUCGAUAAAUCUGUCGGGUUUGCAAUCGGAUGGGUUUACGCAGUUUUACAAAUUGCCAAUGUGUGUUACGAAAUCACGGCGGUGUGUAUGGUGAUCGAAUAUUGGACUGACAAAGUACCUAAAGCCGUUUGGAUCACUAUUUUGUUACUAUUGUACACCUUUUUGAAUAUCUUCUCUGUCUUUAUGUUUGGUGAAGGUGAGUUUUAUCUUUCCAUUGGGAAAGUUAUCCUCGCAGUCGGCCUUUUACUCUUCACAUUGGUAGUAAUGUGCGGAGGAAACCCACAGCACGAGGCUCUAGGCUUCAAAUACUGGAAAGACCCUGGUGCUUUUGCAGAAUACCUUGACACUGGAUCAAUGGGGAAAUUUCACGGGUUCAUGGCAUGUUUGAUCUUUGCUACCUAUUUAUUUUGGGGUCCGGAUUAUUUGAGUUUAGCAGCUCCAGAGUGUAUUCGUCCUAGACAAACCAUGCCUAAGAGUUUCAACAAAGUCUUUGGACGUUUAUUGGUUUUCUACAUUGGAGGUGCUCUCUGUGUGGGAAUCCUUAUUCCAUACAAUGAUGCAACUUUGUUGGCUGCCAUAAAUGCUGGAAGUGCUGGUGCAGCCGCUUCACCAUAUGUCGCUGCAAUGACGGAGAUGGCUAUUCCAGUUUUACCACAUAUUGUCAAUGCAUUGAUUUUAACAUCAAUUAUAUCCGCUGGUAACUCAUCUUUAUUUUCAGCCUCGCGUACAUUGCAAAGAUUGGGAAUAGAAGGGCAGGCUCCAAAAUGCUUUGCUACUUUGAAAAGAGGGGUGCCCAUAUAUAGUGUUGCCUUCGUAUUGGUAUUUUGCUUACUUGCUUAUUUAUCGGUCUCCAAUAACUCCAAUACUGUGUUGACCUGGUUUUUAAAUAUUGAGACUGCCGGUAUGAUUAUUGUUUAUAUUGGAAUUUGCGUAUCGUACUUGAACUUCCGUCGUGGAAUGGAAGUCCAGGGCAUAUCAAGAGAUACUUUACCCUACAAAGCGUGGGGUUUACCGUAUCUUACCUACUAUUCCUUAGCAUGGUUGUCAUUGAUGCUCUGGAUUGAUGGAUACACUGUGUUUUUGAAAGACAACUGGGAUACUCAGAGCUUUGUAUUCGCUUACUUUAUGAUUGCAUUCUUUUUGGUUUUGUUUGCAGGACAUAAGCUAAUCUAUAGAGAUCCAUUCAUCAAGCCUGAAUUAAUGGACUUUACUUCUAACAUCAAGGAAUUAGCCGAAGAAGACCAAUAUUGGGAAGACCAUCCUGCAGAGUUGAAUUGGUUUGAUAAAGCCUUUGGCUAUUUCUUGUGA